AUGGGGAAGGGGAAGAAGAAGAAGGGGCAUUCGCCUCGCUCUCCAGCUCCCUCCUCUCCGUCUUCAUCGCCCCCGUUGAAAGAUUCAAAACCUAUCUCUGCUGCUUCAGAGCCUCCCAGCUCUUCAGGCAACUUCACUUCAGGGUCAGCUUCUGAUGCCCAGAUUACAGAUCUGGUUGCUCAGCAGACCCGUUUAGAUUCAGACAUUGAAUCCCCUGCUCUGGUCACUACUCGAAAUGCUUCCGAUGCCCAAGUCUCAGAGUCUUCUUCUGACUUGGUUGCUCAGCAAUCCGAGUCGGACUCAGCAAAGGAUUCACCAGUUGUGGCUACUCCUCAACCAGCUUCCGAUGCCCAAAUCGUUCACUUGCCAGUGAACUUGGUUGCUCAGCUUAACGAGGAGGUUUCCACUCAGGCAGCCACUACUGGGCUUGUCGAAACUAGUGCUGUGAUCGCCCCUGUUACGGCUGAUCCAGUAACAAAAGAGUCUCCUCCAGAGGAAAUCAAGAAGGAUCUCCCACAGACAACGAAGGGUACCUUUAUCAAUCGUAGCCUUCCUGAGAAGGAUAAUGGCAAGGAGGUUGAUACUUGGUGUUCUCGGGCCAAAGGCAAAACCUUCCUGAAGAAGAAAAACGAUGGCUUCCUGCUCCCAUCAGGUGAAGCAUGUGUUAAAAUACCCAACUCUGUCAUCGAGAAAAAUAAGAGGUCUUGGGACUGCUUCGUUAUUGGGCAAUUCUACACUGAUCCACCUUCUCAGGGCAUCAUCCACAACAUAGUAAAUGGUAUAUGGAGCAAGCAAUACCGGGACAUUGUGGUCUCCAAAAUGGAGGGUAACGCCUUCCUCUUCAGGAUUCCCAAUAUAUCUACCAGGAACAGGGUCAUAACUCAGAUGCUUUGGCAGAUUGAAGGAAAAACGAUGUUUGUUGCAAAAUGGGAGCCGGGCUUUAUUCCAGCAAAGCCUGAGCUUACAUCAGCACCAAUUUGGCUUGAACUCAGGAAAGUCCCCUACCAGUUCUUUAAUGAGGAGGCGCUAGAAAGCAUAGCAAGCUUGGUUGGUGAGCCGAAAUAUCUGCACCCGGCAACUGCCAACAAGACAAACCUAGAAGUAGCUAAGGUCUUCACAAUCAUUGAUCCUCGCAAACCCUUACCAGAAGCUGUAAAUGCACAGUUUGAAACAGGGGAGAUCUGUCGUGUCUUGGUCUCAAGUCUAUGGAUGCCUCCUGUAUGUGAGCACUGCAAAGAGAUAGGACAUUCUGCUAGAGGGUGUGGUAAAGUUACAAAGCUGUGUGCGAAUUGCUCCUCAAGUGCCCAUACUACUCCGAACUGCCCGCAGAACAAAAAGCAGAAUAAAAAUGGAGCAGGCAAGAAGACUCGCAGAGGAAGAUCAAAGUCUAAAACUCGAAGCUUGUCAGUUGCACCAAAGGGUCCAAAAGAAGGCGAUGGGAAAAUUUACAGAGCUAUUGAGAAUACAAAUGUGGGCGAUAUUAAUGCUUCUAAGGUCUUCGAAGUGGGAGGAACCAGUCUCUCCUCUCAACAACCAGAGAAGGUCUCAACAGUCGGCACCAUCACUAGAACCUCAUCUGCUGCUUGCUCUGACGUCGAGCGCGACUCCUCUGAUACUGCAUCCUCUGACUCCGACGCUGAGGAGGGACAGAUUAUGGAGUACGACCCAGGUCCUGACAGGAAGCUGAGAAACCGUCACUCUGGUUUUAAUAACUUCAGUCAUCGCAACGGUUUCAAGAAGUGGAUUCGGAAAAAUAAGCCCCUCUUUGGCGGCAUAGUAGAAACUAGAGUCAAGCAGCCGAAGAUCAACAAGUUUGUAGAUUUUGUUCUUCCUGGCUGGUUUUUUACGGAUAAUUAUAAUUACUCUGAUCUCGGUAAGAUAUGGGUUCUCUGGCACCCAAGCGUGAAGGUGGUUGUCCUUUCGAAGUCUCUGCAGCAAGUCACCUGCGAAGUUGGUCUGCCUGCUCAGGGGGAAACCAUCAUUGUCACAAUUGUGUACGCUGCAAAUGAUAGAAAGCUAAGGGCGGGCCUCUGGGUGGAGCUUGAAACUCUAGCUUCCUCAUCUCUGCUUGCUAAUAAACCCUGGUCAGUUUUGGGAGACUUCAACCAAAUCCUUACUCCGCAGGAACAUUCAUCUCCAAAGUCGCUUAAUAUAGAUAAGCGGAUGCGUGAGUUUGGUCAGAGUCUACUGCAUGCUGAGUUGGGUGAUCUGAACUUUAGAGGCAAUACAUUUACUUGGUGA